CCACAGCGGCCACUCGCAUGUCAGUCUCAAUCAAACGGGUUACAAGAGAGGUCACAGCUUUACACCAUCUUUUCGCACAUUAUCUAUACCUCUGUGGCCAAUUUUGCUCUUAAAUACCCCCUUCCCGAUCGAAAAUGAGGAUAACUUGACCGAAAUCGUUAGGAAACUCGCGAGGGAGAAAUCAAAACAAGCAUGACACAAGGCCUGGACACCCCCGUCAUCGCCUCCUCCCCUCGACGCACAGGGACCCCAGGAGGAGGCGGAAGCAGAGGACCCCACGGGCAGGCGCGGCGUCCUUCCUCCACCCCCAUCGCCUCCUCCAGCGAGAGACGCCCUCCGAGAAGCCCCCCGAAGGAGAGGUGGCGUCUCCUGCUGGUGUCGUCGAGGGCCAGGCAUGUGGACCCCGUGGCUCAGGCGCUGCUGCCGGGUGUCCUCAUGGUCACCUACAAGUAUGAGACUUCGACGCUCGAUCACAUCCUGGCCCAGGUCACGACGGCACUCGGUGGACGGAAGGUGGAGACGGUGGCGGUCGUCCUCCAUGGCUCGGAGGUGGAGUUGUACCUAUGUGGACCGGGGGAGAAGGUGUUAAGCGCUCACUCGGCCUCGGAACAGGUGUCAGUGAGGGAAUUCUUCAGCGCGCUAAUUAACGCCCACGUCGACAAAACGCUCAUGAACGCCCGCCUGGAUUUCUUGGCCGCCCACCCCGCCCACGACGAGCACGGGGCUAUCAUUGCAGUGCACCUUAAUGAGCUUUUAGGGAUCCCCGUGACCCUCGCCACUGACCUCCAAGCGAGCGACAUCGAGGUGGAGCCUUUCGUGCCCGAGGAUGGAUCAGGUCAGGCGUCGACGACCUUGGGGGCGCUCUACUUUGACCUCCGGAGGCUCAAGGAGGCGCUCAAGACGGCGGGGGGCGGGGUCAAGAAGAGGACGAAGGAUCUCGAUAAUGAUUACGAGAAAAUCCGCACGGUGGGGAAAGGUGCGUUCGGAUCCGCUGUGCUAUACCGGAGAAAGGAAGACGAUGCCAUGGUCAUUAUCAAGGAAAUCAACAUGCUAGAGUUAUCCGCUUCCGAACGACAGAUGGCUCUCAAUGAGUGCAACGUCCUAGCCAUGCUCGACCAUCCGAACAUCGUCAGCUACAUGGACAGCUUCGAGCGCGACACCGUCCUGUGCAUCGAGAUGGAGUACGCCGACGGAGGCAGCAUGCAGCAGUACCUGACGCAGCAGGUGAAGCGCAUCGAGGAGCGAGAGAUUCUGAUCAUCUUCCACCAGAUUGCGGCCGCGAUAAGAUACAUGCACGAGCAUCAUAUCCUGCACAGAGACUUGAAGACCGCCAACAUCUUCCUGACGAAGGCCGGGGUGGUGAAAGUGGGCGACUUCGGGAUCAGCAAGAUGCUCUCCACCAAGACGAACCACGCCCACACGGUGCUCGGGACGCCCUACUACAUCAGCCCGGAGAUGUGUGAAGGCAAACAGUAUGACGAGAAGAGUGACAUUUGGGCCCUGGGCUGCAUCUUGUACGAAAUGGCGUGUUUGCAGAAGACGUUUGAGGGCUCGAACCUCCCAGCGCUCGUCAAUAAGAUUAUGAAGGGCCACUUCGCACCCAUCAAGGGAAAUUAUUCGCCAGGGUUCAAACAGCUGGUGAGGGACCUGUUGCAGAGGGACCCCGAAUUUAGACCUACGGCUGCCGAGCUGGUGUCAGAGAGGCUGCCUGAGCUGUUGGCACAGUUUUCCUACAGUCCCCUUGGUGUUGACGAGAUUGACGAGGAAAUCAAGCAGUCGAUCGAGGUGGCCAGGCAGUCGCAGGCGUCCAGGUCCUCCCGCCCCCCCCGCUCCGUCGUCUACCACAUGAAGGUCUACGAAUCCUCGAUCAGCCUGACCCCCGUGCCCCUCCCGCCCAGGUCAAGGGUCAAGGAGAUGGCUGUGUCGAAUACCCACAUCGUCCUGCUGACCUCCGAGUGCCUGGUCUACACGUGGGGCGAGGGCCGCAAGGGGCAGCUGGGCCACGAGAGCCUGGAGGCGUGGCGGGGGAGGCCCACCGUCGUCGAGAUCCUGAAGGGGAAGUCGAUCACCCGCGUGUGCGCCGGUGACGGCUUCUCCAUCUUCGCCUCCGACAACGGCAUCGUCAUGACCUGCGGCGACGGGACCUCCGGCUGCCUUGGCCACGGCAACUGGAACAGCUCGGCAAAGCCAAAGCUCGUAGAAAGGCUCUUAUCGGUGGACGUGGGCGCCAUCAGCUGCGGCAGUCGACACGUAGUGGUGGUGGGCGGCGAGGGGGACGUCUACGCGUGGGGCAAGGGCGAGGGAGGGCGACUGGGCACGGGGCAGGAGGAGGAUGUCUGCCUCCCGACGGAGAUCGAAAUCCCGGAGGAGCUGCUGGUGACGAACGUGAAGUGCGGCGGCGACGGCACCAUCUUCAUCACCGACCAGGGCGCGAUGCUUGCCUGCGGAGCUAACACCAGGAACAAACUGGGACUGAGCGAGGGAGGAGGUCUCUUCGGCAUAAAGCUGAAGCACAAGGAGGUAGAGAAGGCGGUGGUGGCGACGCGUGUUCGGUGCAUCGGAUGCCGGGUCGUGGACGUGGCCAUGGGGCCCUCGCACACGGCCGUGCUCACGGAGACGGGCCAGGUUUUGACCUUUGGGAGAAAUUGUGAAGGUCAGCUGGGACGAGGAAACACUCGGUCCGUCAUUCAACCUGUUCUGGUCAAGAGUCUGGCUUCGAAGAUUGUUACGAUGGUUAACUGCGGUUCCACCUUCACUGUUGUUGGCACCUUAGAAAAUGCCAUUUAUCUGUGGGGCACGAGAGCGGUCAGUCCGCUGUCGAGGCCAAACACGCAGGAAGGAUUUACGAACACUUGGGGACAGCGGAACGCACUGGGUUCGGCCGACAUCAAAGACUCAAAGGACCCCGAAUUUGACUUCGCUGGACACGGACGGAGGCGCAGCAGCGGCAGCAGCAGCAACAGCAUCAGCUCCACCCAAGAGGCGCAGCGGCAUCAGCGAGAGAUAAGGAUGAGUGACGUUCUCCUCAACCCGCAGGAAGUUCUAGCCCUUUACGCCUCGCCUGCUCAGAUAGCCAAGGGAGAGAUAGUCAACCUGGCCAGCCUCCACUGCCAGAAUCAGAGCAUCUUCCUCGUCGUCGAUACCACUGUGCCGCUUCCCAGGGCUGGAGUCGGCUCUGCCAUGGACAUGGGUAAAGCCACUUACCAAGAAGGAGGGAGAGGAGGAGAAAACAACAAUAAGGAAGACAAAGGGGAGAUGGAGGAGGAAAAAAAUAUGAGCGACGACAUGCGCAUAGAAGCUGAAAAGGACGACCUCGAGAUGGACACGAUAGGACCCGUCCCCGACUGGCUCAAAGCUGAACUCAACGAAGAGAGCGUGGAGUGGCCGGGAGGGAAGAACAGAGAACAGAAGAACAAGACGCAGAACAAGAGCAAGAAGGGAACACAGCCGUCGACGGAGCAAGGACAGUCGCAGAAAGGCCAAGCUGGAAGAAAUAAAAUCAACAGAUUUAGCAAAAGCAGCAACAACAACAGGCAGGGUAGAGUGUCAUCGAAGAAGAGCGAACACCCCUCGAUGGAGCCAGCAAGGUCACCCUUUGUACCUAUCUCUGCGCAUGAUGCGAAACCUCCGCCCAAGAGGAAAAACGCGAUGGUUCAGCAGCCAAGGGGCAAGGGAGAGGCGCCCCCCAUUAGUGACAAGAUCGAACAGGAGGCUAAGAAACUUGCAAAGGAGAAGGAAGAAGCUCUGAACCAAGAGAUCGAGAAGCUGCGCUCAGAGCUCCUCCGCCAGCAGGAGAUGCAGCAGAAGAUCAUCGAUGAGAAGCUGCAGGAAAUGAGGGCGGGGGGGAAGGAAGAUUCGGCGGUGUGUUGUGUGAUGUAGAGGGGUGGAGA